AUGAAGUCCUUUGUCGCUGCCGGCCUCGCGGCUGCCGUUGCUGCCUACCCCCAGGCCUCCUCCGACGCUGAGUGUGCGUCCUCUGCCCCGGGCACUUUCGCCAUCACCACCGUCAAUGCCACCACCACUCCCUCCAGGAUGGUCAGGCGCCAGCUUGAUGGUACUCUUCAGCUGUCUCUCGAGGAUGGCAAGUUGACCGACCAGGCUGGUCGCACCGGUUACAUCGCCGCCAACUACCAAUUCCAGUUCGACCAACCCGUACAGGAGGGUGCUCGCGAGACUGAAGGUUUCGGUCUCUGCAGCAACGGCUCCAUGUCCCUGAUGGGCUCCGCUGUCUUCUACCAGUGCUUGUCUGGAGACUUCUACAACCUGUACAGCCAGUCGACUGGUGCUCAGUGCAUUCCCAUCCACAUCCAGGCUACCAUGUCCGAGGAGACCGGCCCCGUCUCCCAGAUCUCCGAUGGUCAGCCCCAGGCUACCUCUGCCGGAGCUGUUACUCAGAUCUCCGACGGUCAACCCCAGGCUUCCACCCCCGGCGCCGUUGUCACUCAGAUCUCUGACGGUCAGCCCCAGGCUUCUUCGCCUGCUGUCGUUACCCAGAUCUCCGAUGGCCAGCCUCAGGCAUCUGCCCCUGUCGUCACCCAGAUCUCUGAUGGUCAGCCCCAGGCCUCCGCCCCCGUCGUUACUCAGAUCUCCGACGGCCAGCCCCAGGCUUCCGCUCCUCUCGUCACCCAGAUCUCCGACGGUCAGCCCCAGGCUUCUGCCCCGAUCGCCAACUCCACCAUGCCUCCCUUCUCAGAGUUCACUGGUGCUGCCUCCACUGGCACUGCCAGCAUCGGCGCUCUCGCUGCCGGUUUCCUCGCCCUCUUCUCCUUCUUGUAA